CAAAUGGAGAAAAAAUACCCAGCAAUUGCAGGGAAAGAAAGAGGCCCAGGACCUGGACGCUAUGGACUUCCUCCCACCCUUGGAUUCAUUGGCCACGACUUUACCAAACAAACCAGCCCUGCGUACUCUCUCCAUGGCAGAAUGAGUAAUAAUAUGUAUUCUACCGACUCCAGUCCAGGCCCUCGAUACCAUGUUGAUCCAAAAAUCACUCACUUUGGAAGAGAUUGCGCCCCUGCAUACUCAAUUCUGGGGAGGAUGAAAGAACAUAAACAGCUCCUCCACACGCCUGGACCUGGUGCGUACAGCCCCGAGAGAGCACCCCCAUGCAACCUGCAGCGCAGACCCCCAGCUUACACCAUGGGCUCUCGUACACAGUACCGCAGCGCAGACCCUGUCCCUGCUCCCAACAAGUACAACCUGCCUCCACUUCUGGGCCCUCAUGUCCCAAACAAGCCAGCCAGUGCCAGUUACACCAUGUCAGGUAGCUUCAGCAGAGGGGGACCGUCUGUGGAUUUAGCAAAGACACCUGGGCCCUGCCGUUACAACAGUACAAACCCAAACGUUUAUCUUUCCCGACAGCCUGCAUUUUCCAUGUUAGGUCGCCACGAUUUACCGAAGAACGGCACAGAAAACCCCGGUCCAGGAACCUACAAUCCUGAGAAAGUCAAAGUUCACAAGUCCCAAGCACCAGCUUACUCCAUGGGCAUCAGACACUCGGAGUUUGUCACCCCACUAGUGGUGUCUUCUGACUGA